AGUCCCAUGGCAAAAACCCAGUAAAAAACACUAAAAAAUCCAAUUAAAGGUUCUCGUAUUCAGAUUGUUGCUCCUCCUGAAUCUGUUUCGCCGAGGCCACAGCAGAAUCGCUGCACCAUUUUAACUCGAUUAAUUGGAGGGUUGAGAUUUCUCCAAUGCCGGCGGGGAUUUCCUCUAGCUUCUCACAAACUCCUAUAAAGAGAUGGCGGAGUCUAGGGAAGUUGGUUUCAUCAGCUCUCCAACGCACCAGGUCUAAAUAAUAGAGUUGUAGAAACUGCAAUGACCUGAAUUCAUCUCCUUCUGCUAUUUCCCACUCAUUGCUUGUGAAGGUGCAUCUGUACAUCUCGAGCACUUCCAGAUUCGGUAGUGCACACAGAGCCGUCGUCGCUGCCGGAGUUAUUACACAAAGAUUCAGACUUAAUUUUCUAAGAGUAGAUGGAAAUUUGAGUGCGUGCACAUAACAUUGACUCAACAAUGAAUCCCAGCUUAAUGUUUGGAGUUUGUGAAGAUGACUCAGAUCAACUACUUCACUCUUCCCUGAUGAGCCUUCAAUUGGAUACUCAGAUCAACACACGCCUCUGCAUUGCUCUCGUCGACAUGUUUGUUAGGCGCGGGGACCCACGGAGCGCGAUGGAGGUGUUCUGGUCGAUGAAGGAGAGAGACGUAUCCGCAUGGACUACAGCAAUCGGAGCGAUGGCAAUGGAGGGGAACGGGGAACGAGCCCUCGAGCUUUUCCACGAGAUGGUCCGACGAGGGAUUGCGCCGGAUCAAGUAGCUUUCAGUGGAGUUCUUACAGCUUGUAGCCAUGCCGGUUUGGUUGACGAAGGAAUGCUUGUGUUCAACAGCAUGAAGGAAUACGGGAUCGUUCCGCACGUCGUCCACUACGGGUGCGUCGUUGAUCUACUCGGCCGCGCGGGUUUGCUAGACGAGGCGCUCGAGUUCAUCGACGCAAUGCCCUUGGAGGCGAACGCCGCAAUCUGGGGCGCAUUCUUGAGCGCUUGCCGGAAGCACGGGAACGAGAAAAUGGCCAGCCGUGCCGCUAAGAUGAUGAGCGAAUGUAGCAGCGACGGCGGCGAUCAUACGGGUAUCCACGUCCUCCUAUCGAACAUAUACGCGUCCGCCGUGUUAUGGAGCAACGUUGCUCGAGUCCGGACGCGUAUGAAGGAACGGGGCAUGAGGAAAACCCCGUGUUCGAGCGCGAUCGAGGUCGGCGGGGUCGUUCGCGAGUUCACUUCCGGUGACGAGAGCGCGUGCUGUAGUGAACCCAAGUAUUUUGUAUGAAUUUCUCACGAAUUUGCAAUGUAACAGUGUUUAGAAUUGGGAGGGAAGAGAGAGAGAAAGAGAGAGUAGAGAGAGAGUAGGAAGAAAUUUGGAUAAUUCCCCUUCUGCGAAAACUUGGAAAACAAGUGAUACAAAAAGGUGUGGUCCCAACAGCCCAACAACUCCACACAUUCUUACUUGGAAAUUACAAAUUAAAUAAAACUAAAACAAUACUUGAUAAAAGCUAACUAAGGAACACGUCACCAGCUAGCCCCCAAUUCUUCUCUUCAAUCCCUAAAUUUUUCUAUCUCAUUUCUUUCAAGAUCGCAUCUUGAAUCACCUUCUUCUCUGAACCCUCACAAUCCACAACAUUACCCCCCGCCGAAGAACAUCCUUGUCCGCAAGGAUGAAGAGAAGGAAAUUUCCGGCGAACAUGGUUCAAGUCUUCCCACGACCGAAAUCCUGCGUUGUCCUUCGACCACUGUACCAAUAUCUGCUCAACGGGGACACCCUUUCGAUGGAUAAUACGGGUGUCUAAGACAACAAAAGGCUCAAUCUUGAAAUGCCCAUCAGAAUCCGUAUCUGGUAACUCAGCAACAGGUACCAAUUUCUCACUGAUGCACUUCUUUAAGAGGGAAACAUGGAAAACAGGAUGAACCCGAGAUGACUCAGGAAGAUCGAGUCGGAGGCAGGCCUUGGGGAUCAGCAAAAACAUCAGCAAAUUCUUCCAAAAGAGGAGUAAGGACUUCUGGUGCAUUGCUACCUGGCACAGGAGGUAUCAAAAGAUCUUUGAAUCGAGUUGCCUCAGCCAUGAUUUGCCCACGAUCGUGCUCAGCAACGCCAAGCCCAGACUCUGAGAUACCAAUUGUAGUGAACCCAAGUAUUUUGUAUGAAUUUCUCACGAAUUUGCAAUGUAACAGUGUUUAGAAUUGGGAGGGAAGAGAGAGAGAAAGAGAGAGUAGAGAGAGAGUAGGAAGAAAUUUGGAUAAUUCCCCUUCUGCGAAAACUUGGAAAACAAGUGAUACAAAAAGGUGUGGUCCCAACA